AUGAGCUCACCCUUCUAUGUUUCCGCUCCUGGAAAAGUCAUUCUUUUUGGUGAGCAUUCUACCGUUUACGGUAAGCCUGCCAUCGCUGCUGCUCUAAGUCUCAGAGCGUACCUCCUCGUCAACCCUAGCGAAGAUCCAGAUGAAAUUUGUUUAGAAUUUCCAGAUAUCUCUCUUAAGCACCUGUGGAAGAGACUGGAUAUCCCUUGGGAAGCUCUUGAACCUAUCAUUCAGAGGUAUGAAGACGUUCCUAUUGCCACAGACGAGCUAGUGCCAGAAAUCUUGGACCAAUUGUCUGACUUGUUGGAUAUGGAGGACCAACGUACCUACAUCACUUGCAGAUGUUUCUUGUACUUGUACUCGAACUUGUGUGGUCCUGAAACCCCUGGUUGUCAUUUUAUCAUCCGUUCUACGUUGCCAAUUGGCGCUGGUUUGGGUUCAUCUGCAUCUGUGUCUGUUUCCAUCUCCACAGCUCUUGCACUCUUGGGAAAGCAUGUCCAGGACCCAACUCUUACGGUUGAUAGCAGGCAACACGGUAAGGGAACCAGGGAUACUGAUUUCAUUGACUCGUGGUCUCUUAUGGGUGAAAAGUGUUUCCAUGGUAACCCUAGUGGUAUUGAUAAUGCAGUCGCUACGCACGGUGGAGCCGUCUUGUACCAGCGUUUUGGUGGCCCAGGCAACGUUGCCGUGCGUACAAACUUGAGAAACUUUAGCGGAAUCAAACUUUUACUUACAAACACAAAGAUUCCAAGAAGUACGGCUGACUUGGUUGGCGGUGUCGCUUCAUUGAAGGUCAAGUACCCAAAGACCGCAGAACACCUCUUACUGGCCAUGGAAGAGGUUGCACAGGAUGCAUUGCAGGAAAUGCUUCAACCUAAGGCAGACACUAAGGUUUUGAGUGAACUUUUCAAUAUUAAUCAUGGUUUAUUGGUUUCCUUGGGUGUGUCUCAUCCAGCUCUAGAAACAAUCAAGGCCAUUGGUGAUACCCACAAAAUUGGAGCUACGAAAUUGACUGGUGCUGGCGGUGGUGGCUGUGCCAUCACUUUGCUUUCGCCAGAUGUUGAUGAGAGUGCCUUAUCGAAGGUGAAGGAGGAAUUCGCUGAGAAAGGGUUUGAAACCUUCCAGGCUCAAUUGGGUGGCAAAGGUGUUGGUGUGUUGCAUCUUAAGGAUAGUGAGGUCACCGAUGUGUUCUCUGCUGAACAGUUUAUGGAACACGAAACGAGAGAGCAUAUUGAGGAGGCCAUUGGAGCAUCUAAGCUCGCCGGAUGGAGAUACUGGUAA